UUUUUUUCUUUGUGGCCGGCUAUUUGUAUUUUUCUCUCCUCUCAUCAUCCCUUUAAAACCAUCUGCAUUGGAGGACUCGGUCAUAUCUUUUCCAAUAUUUUUUUUAAAUCACUUUUCUUUGCCUUGACGUACGUAGCUGAUCAUCAAGUUUUAUUCAUGGCGAAAUUAUCACAGCAGAACCAGAAAAACAAUGCACAAAGUAAUAGUAUUAAAAACGAUAUUAGCAAUACUAGUACUACAAGUAAUGGUGUUACUAAGGUGAAGAGAACUAGGAGAAGUGUCCCAAGAGACUCACCUCCUCAACGUAGCUCGAUUUAUCGAGGGGUCACUAGGCAUAGGUGGACUGGUCGAUAUGAAGCUCAUCUAUGGGACAAGAAUUGCUGGAAUGAAUCACAAAACAAGAAAGGACGCCAAGUCUACCUUGGUGCUUAUGAUGAUGAAGAAGCUGCAGCACAUGCUUAUGAUUUAGCUGCACUCAAAUACUGGGGUCAAGAUACCAUUCUCAACUUUCCGUUAUCAACAUACGAGAAGGAAUUGAAAGAAAUGGAGGAUCAGUCUAGAGAAGAGUAUAUUGGAUCAUUGAGAAGGAAAUCUAGUGGUUUUUCUCGCGGAGUUUCAAAAUACAGAGGUGUUGCCAGACAUCAUCACAAUGGGAGAUGGGAGGCUCGCAUUGGCAGAGUGUUUGGCAACAAGUACCUCUAUCUUGGGACAUAUGCUACGCAGGAAGAAGCUGCCACCGCAUACGAUAUGGCUGCUAUAGAGUACCGGGGAUUAAAUGCUGUGACAAACUUUGAUUUAAGCCGUUACAUCAAAUGGCUUAAGCCCAAUCAAACCAACACUGAAAUCAACCCUAACCCUAACUCUAACAUAGACACUGCAACUUCAACAGUAACACCAAGCCCUAGUCAAGAACUUAACCUAAGCUUCUUUAGCAACAACAACAACCAGCAGCUGCAAGCUGCCUCCAGUUUCCCUAGUGAAACCUUGCAGACUCAGUCCAGGCCAGUGAAUGCCACGUCAGCCCUAGGGCUUCUCCUUCAAUCUUCAAAAUUCAAGGAGAUGAUGGAGAUGACAUCGGCUGCUGAUCACUGUCAAUUGACACCACCGGUGCAACGCAGCUUCCCUGAAGACAUACAAACGUACUUCGAAUGUCAAGAUUCAAGCAGUUACGGAGAUGGCGAUGAUAUUAUUUUUGGUGAGCUUAACUCUUUCAUGCCACCGAUGUUUCAAGGCGACCUUGAUGCCUAAGGAAAAAAGAAUUUUAGUGGUUAAUCAUAUGCAUUGAGGAUGACUACCUUGGCUCCAAUUUUUCUUUCUUUAUUAUUUAGUUAUAAUCCAAUAAAGAUGUGUAGGUGCUUUGUGAAUACAAGACCCUAGGGAUCAGAAUAUUGGAUGAGGUAGUACCGGAGGAUUUUAGAUUUGAGUACUUGGCCUAGAAAAGGCUAAGAAAGGAAAGAUGAGAAGAUAAAAUUUACAUAUAGUUUCUUCAUUGCAGGGAUAAAGUGGAGAAAGAUGGCGGCUGAUCAAU